AAGGGAGGGAGCGAAUGUGAUCGAGAGGCACAGUGGAAGAGAGAGUGAGACUGCGAAGGGGGAGAGGAAACUGUGAGCCACUCAGCAUCUCUGAGCACCAGCAGUGAGGGGCUGCUCUCUUUUCUUCGGCUCAUUUCUGCUUUGCCGCACGGUUUGGAAUAGAUCUGUUCAAAUUCUUACUGUUCUCACCUUUUUACUGUCCUCAAUUUAGAAUUUUUUAUUUCAAAGUGCAUUUUGCACUCCGUACGCUCGGCGGGAACUGCUGUCACCUGCUUUGCCUCGCAGGUCGCAGAGAGCUGACAAUAAGGACUGAGUAUUUCAAAGGAGACUUUCUUACGGAAUGUGUCGCAGGGAAGUUGGUGAAGAGAUGACGAGGUCUACCUCAGAAAGAAAAAAGCUGGGCAUGUACAACUAAUCAGAUGCAGAGACUGGCAUGCCAUGUAAUGUGCAAAGCUUUGUACGGAACAGUGGAUGGAAACUGAGAACAUGUGGAUUGCAGACAGGAUGCCCAGUGCAUGCUCUCCUGACGCUAUCUGAGGAGACAUCUUCAUGUAAGCAGCUAAAUACCUCUUUCGGAAAACACAGGUCUCUCCUUUUUUUACCGUGCCCUGCUUUUAAUCGAUAUAUGCAUGGUAAAGUUCAUGAAAAGUAAUUGGAUUGGAAGCAAAGAAGACCAAAGCCUUCGCUGUGGCCCCCCAGAACCUGAUCUUGAAAUUUUGAUUAGUUCCGUUUUGCCUCGCUCAGACUCCUGCAGGCUAUGAGCAGCGCUCUGUGCAGUGAUAGCUCUGGCAACUCUCAUAUGCUGUCCUGUGUUUGUCUAGAGUGUCUGUGUUUUCAUUCGGACUAUAGAAAGGGGGUCGAUUCAGUGGCCAAGAGGUGCCUAUUCCAGAAGCAAAACAGGGUGCAUGUUAUUGUUCUGUGACAAACUAAUAUGAUUGGAAUUUUUUUGAGACAUUUACAAUUCUUGAAAUACAAGUUUUGUGGGACUCAGGAGCAGGAAACCGUUUGAUCUUCAUUUCCUUAUCCAACCAUCCUGCACAUUUUACCCUUAAGAGGACAACUUAAGGAAUUGGUUGACUUCAUUGCAAUGCUGUGGACAAUUUUGCCAUCCGGCCUUCAGCACAGACAUGCAACCCUUUUGUGAUUGUUCCUGUUUCCAGCAGCCUUAGUUUGUGGAGGAAAUAUCUCUGUCUGACAAUUACUGAACUGCUCCCAAGCAUGACUGAUUUCAGAGGAGCGCAGGGCACCUUUUUUUCUUCUCCAUAUGGACUAUAUUGAUUUUUGCCAAUGCUCAUUUCAUUGAGAUCCAGCCAUGUGAAAGAUCGAGGUAAAGGGGAAAAGACAGAAGAUUGAGUUCUGCUGGAAGAGAUUACUGAGAAGGCACAGACACUGGAUCACUUUGCAGGCCAUCUGCACUGCAUUUAGGACAACGGAACCUUACCCAAGUGGACAAGGUCCAAGACAAUGAACCGGUCGGGGCUGAUCGAACCGGUCCCCACUGCGAACGGCAGCCUUAGCAGUCAAUUUAGCGUGUCCCUAAACCACUCAUGCCCCCUAAGCUGGGCACAGAAUAAGGCUGUGGAGGCUUGCGUCUUAGAGACAGCAGUCAUUGUGUUGCUGACUGUACUCAUCAUCGCCGGGAAUUUGACUGUGAUCUUUGUGUUUCAUUGUGCCCCAUUGUUACACCACUACACCACCAGCUACUUCAUCCAGACUAUGGCCUAUGCGGAUCUGUUGGUGGGGCUAAGUUGCCUGGUUCCCACCCUUUCGCUGCUCCAUUACCCAGCUGGUAUCCAAGAGCCAAUCACCUGUCAGGUGUUCAGCUACGUCAUCUCUGUGCUCAAGAGUGUUUCAAUGGCUUGUUUGGCUUGCAUUAGCAUGGACCGCUAUCUGGCUAUUACCAAACCCCUCUCCUACAACCAACUGGUAACACCCUGCCGUCUUCGAUGCUGCAUCAUACUCAUAUGGAUCUACUCUUGCAUGGUGUUUCUCCCUUCUUUUUUUGGCUGGGGUAAGCCGGGGUACCAUGGGGAUAUCUUUGAAUGGUGUGCCCACUCUUGGCCAACAUCUGCACUCUUCACUGGCUUUGUUGUUUGCCUGCUGUAUGCCCCUGCAGCCCUAGUAGUCUGUUUCACCUACUUCCACAUCUUCCGCAUCUGCCAGCAGCACAAUCGAGAGAUCAGCGAGCGUCGAGCACGCUUUCCCAGUCAAGAGAUGGAAACUGCCGAAGGCGGCAACCAAGCAGGUCAUGGGCCAGACCGACGGUAUGCUAUGGUGCUUUUUCGCAUCACCAGUGUCUUCUACAUGUUGUGGCUCCCCUACAUUUUCUAUUUCCUUCUGGAGAGCUCCCAUGUGCUGGACAGCCCUGCCCUUUCCUUUGUGACCACCUGGUUAGCAAUUAGCAACAGCUUCUGCAACUGCGUCAUUUAUAGCCUGUCCAACAGUGUAUUCCGGCUGGGGAUGCGUAGACUCUCGCAGACGCUCUGCUCCUCCUGCUCUUUCAGCCCCUGCACUCAUGAUGACAAGGACUUUAGCGAGCCAAAGCCGAGGCAGAGAGCCAACUCCUGCUCCAUCUGAAGAUCUGCAGAGGGUUGCUUGGAUCAGUCCUAAGCUGCUAAAUGUUGUUGCAAAGGAUUUGGCCCAGAUUUUAAUGUAAUUGUAACUUGUAUUGAAACUUGGUAGGUUCUUAUACAGAGAUUGAAGAAACUAUCCACAGUGAUGAUGAAGUUGUUUAGUAGUCAUGUGAUCUACAUUUCUUGUAAAUAUUAGGAAGACAUCUGCCUUGGUCCUGUAAAUACCACUGAAUGGUCACAGGCCACAACCUGUUUGACAACCUAGAGAUAUGCAGUUUAGAGCGUUUGGGAGCAAAAUAAUAACAAGACAAAGCCAGGGGGGUGGGUUCAAAGCUAGCUCUUUCUAAAUAUCGAGCACACUAUUUAGGCACAUUACCCAUGUUGCUGGUUUGGUUGUUUUGAUAUUUGUUGAGUUUUGUGUAGCAGCUGUAACUAUAAAAACAGUUGCUUUUCAAAAGAACGAGAGCUUAAAGACCUUGUUAACUAGUUAAUUUUAGCAAAGGUCUUCUCCUAGUGGCUUUUAUGGUACAGUGUGUCUUGAAUCUAAAAUAAACACAGGCAAAUCAUGUCAAAAGCGAUGUAGCAAAGGACAAACAGCUUGGUCUGUCUUUAUUUUUUCAAACUCUUCUUUCUAGAUCUGAUCUUUUUGUAGGAAAUCUUGAAAUACCACAUGCGCACAAUAUCAACAAAUGCCUGGAAUAGUUGUGGACAGUAGUUUAGAUCCCCAGUGGUGUAAAGCCUUAGCUGUUUGUAAUUAGACCUAUUUGCCUGCAGUGACCCUUUGAGAAACAUGCAACUCAGCAUGUUUUAUUUUUUAAUUUAUAUUUUUGCCAGAUCAGCUUUAACUUAACUUGACGUUCACAUUACCUUGAGCAGAGGUUUUUUUCCAACCACUUUAAUGUAUGAAUGUCCAAAACAUAUUUUCUUUGUCUUAAGUCUAUUGA